UCUCUAAGGGCGAAAUAGUGUUUUCCUGAGAAGAAAAUUGUGCAAUUGGGGUUGAAAAAUGGAAGGAGUUUUAAUAUUUGACCACAGCAAUGAUCUUAUCUAUCAACAUUUAAACGAAGCGAUGUGUGCCAAAAUGUACAAACAUGCAACCGAUCUUGGGCUGGUAGAGGAUGAAAAAAUCGACGUACGCAAAGAUCUAGACAGUAACGUGUUGAUACAAAUCUUCAGUCCUCUAAUCGCUUCACAGCGUAUAAUGAUGUGUCAGUUUGAUAAUGCAUAUACUUCGAUUCAAAUGGAGAACAAUUUGAACUUGGUUUUCGAUGAGUUUUUGGGUUAUCUGUUUGUGCAAAUAAGUACACUGGAGGUUGAACAAAUAAAACGCGAACUCGGUAUCUGUAUAUGUCUUCUAAAACAUAUAUGUGGACCCAGUGUGUACAUCAUAAAAAACGACAUAAAAAAGGCUACGCUCCUAACAAAACUGAUUACCACGUACCGCAAGCUGUAUCGCGAAAACCAAGGCAUCCUCGUGGAAGCCAUCGAACAGCUGUUGCUUAACGUUGACGUUAAGAAUACAGUAGUCUCUGCCCUGCAGGCAGCAACGGAAAAACUAAAACAGGAUCCUCAUUCUCAGCGAAGUCAUUCGAUAAUGUUUGUGGGAAACAAAUUUCUUUCGCUGUAUAGCAGCCGCCAGGCACAGGAGCUAUCCCCCGCCGAUAUGCUCUUUCUGAAUAUAUUUUGUCAAACUUUGAAUAGCACAGAGAAUUCCAAACGAAUCGAAUCACAUGUACUAUUUCUGCAAGGAUCUAGCAGUCAAACAACUUCCGGCUGCAUUCCCCAUAUUGUCCACAUUUUAAAAUUGUUUGACGAUGUAUUUCUAGUUCUUUUGAUCGAACAUGGUAACAUUAAUUUAUGUGGUAAUUUAUACGACGUAUUUUUCGCUCUUCAAAAGCUACGAAAUCUACAAAUGCAGAUGGACGUUGAAAACCUCCGAUCGGCUUUUGAUGGUUUGGAGACAUACGUAAAACACUCCGUCGAUUCGUUGAAAAAAAUUAAAUACAAUUCUCCGGAGGUAGAUGAAGCAGUGAAACACUUUUUAUCCAGAUGGGAUAACUUGCGAAAAAGAUACAGCGAAUUCUUCAAAACUUCCGAUAAUGCAUUGAUUGUGAAAAUCGAGUCAAACAUGCCUAUGUUUGUUGAGGCAGUAAAGGAAGUCUUCAAGCUACUAUGUGCCGAAUGCAGUACAUUGGAGCAUGGAUUGCAACGCGUAUCGGAUAUAGCCGAUAUGGUAGAAGAAAAGCUAACGGAAGUUUUUAACUUUCUGCAGGUCAAAUCGCAGAAAAAUUUCAGCAUGGGAUCGUAUCUUGAAGAUUUUCCAGGUUUGGUGCACUUUAUUCAUAUAGACAGAAACAACGGAAGAAUCGUCGCCCCUGGAUUAGAUCUGGAGGAUGCUUCAAAUAUUUUGAAGGAACGAAUUUGGUCUAUGGUGGAACUAUCGCGCACCUAUCUUCACAAGGGUAAUAUGUCAAUGAUAUGGAAGGACAUCACCUACAGCUACGGUUACUUCCUUUGGUUUGAAGACGUUAACGGGACAGCUCUAAAACCGAAGGAAUUUCCAGACUUUUCAACUGUUUCAACAAAGCCGCAGUUAAUACCCGGAAUCCUGGCGGGCGAUUAUUAUCAACGACUGAUAGAAACUUGCUUCCCAAGGACAGCAGCUAAUAAAAUUCGCUGCUACGAGCUGUACUGCGUUCAUCUGGGAUUAGUGACAUCUACUAACGUGCUGGAGCAUUGUCGAAGGCUUGCCGUUACCAUCACCGAUUUGACCGGAUGUGUUGGAAAUCCCAUCGAUUUACUUUGAUUUUAAGAUCAAUAUUGAGUUCAAUAUGCCGACCCUAAAAAUAUUAACUAGCAGAAUUUUUAAAAAACACCCAAGCAAAUCACUAACAGGAAACAACACUCGUGUGAAAGGUUAUAAUCGUUCUUGUGUUUGUUGUCGCCUGUGUUUUUCCACUUCAUAAAUAAAGUUGAUAGUGUUUUUGUUUGUGAAAGUGCAUUUAAUGCAGCAUUAGUUCGCAACGGACGAUUGAAACUGCGCCACUGGAUUAUGCAAUCGUGAAUCAGCAAUUCGUCACAGUACAUCUUAGUUUAUUACGAGUACGUGUCUACUAUGUGCCGUUAGUAGCAAACAAAUUUUAGGUGAUGUCAUAGUGGUUUUUGUGGUUUUUAUUGGAAUUUUCCACUGUACGACAGUUUAACAGCGUAGCGUAAAAAAAAAACAGAUAUACCUUGUGGUCCGAACGAAGCAAAAUAUUUUUAAAAAUAUGCUGAUUCCAAUCAGAAGUUUUAAUGAAAUCUUAGAAGUAUGCCAUAGAACAGUAAAACAUAAACCACAGACAAACAGACAUAACUCUUGGAAGAAAAAUCAACAAAAAUUAUCGUACCUCAUACUUAGCCUGAACACUAGUACCAUCUAUGAUCGACAUUCCCAAAUAUCAAAUAGCAACAUGAGUAUCCCUCAAACUAGCAAGUAUUUUUUAUGAGGCAUUCCCCUUCUUUCGUCAAAAAGCGCCAUUUUGACCAAUUAAGCCCAAAUUUGAAAUGACGGUUUAAUCGGUACGAAGAAUGGAAAACUAGUGUUUUGUCUGUUUGUCUGUGCAUAAACUAUGACAGUAAAUUAGCUCAACUUACAUUCCAUUCACGAAAAUUUUAUUACAGCAGCAUUACUUGCUGCAAUCGAAUUUUCUAUAACCAGAUAAUUAACCUAGAUGUAUUAACCAAAAACCAUCACCGGUUUUGUCUAGCAAACUUGAAUAAGUUCAAAAAUUGGUACUUAAGUAUUAUUAGUAAAAAAAAUUCAAUAGUAGCCGUAUACU